UCCCGGCGCGGCCACAGCCCCCGAGCUCUGGGGCAACACAGGCAGCCUCGGGACUCUCCGGCGCGCCGCCGCGUCCCCAGACAAAGGCUUGGCCGGCGGCCCCGGCCCGCUGCGCCCUUAGCUCCCCGCCUCCCCGGCUCGCAGCUCUUCGCCCCCGCGCUUGGCUUGGCGCGCCUCGGCCCGCCGCAAAGUUUCCCCGGCGGCAGCGGCGGCUGAGCCUCGCGUCAGCGAUGGCCGCGGAGCUGAGCAUGGGGCCAGAGCUGCCCACCAGCCCGCUGGCCAUGGAGUACGUCAACGACUUCGACCUGCUCAAGUUCGACGUGAAGAAGGAGCCGCUGGGGCGCGCGGAGCGCCCGGGCCGACCCUGUACGCGCCUGCAGCCGGCUGGCUCCGUGUCGUCCACACCGCUCAGCACGCCGUGCAGCUCGGUUCCCUCUUCGCCCAGUUUCAGCCCGACUGAACAGAAGACCCACCUCGAGGAUCUGUACUGGAUGGCGAGCAACUACCAGCAGAUGAAUCCUGAGGCGCUCAACCUGACGCCCGAGGACGCGGUGGAGGCGCUCAUCGGCGCGCACCCAGUGCCACAGCCGCUGCAGAGCUUCGACGGCUUCCGAGGCGCGCACCACCACCACCACCACCACCAUCACCCGCACCCGCACCACGCGUACCCAGGCGCCGGGGUGGCCCACGAGGAGCUGGGCCCCCACGCGCACCCGCACCAUCACCACCACCACCAAGCGUCGCCGCCGCCGCCGUCCAGCGCCGCCAGCCCCGCGCAACAGCUGCCCACCAGCCACCCCGGGCCGAGUCCGCACGCGGCGGCAGCGGCGACGGUGGCCGGCGGCAACGGCAGCGUGGAGGACCGCUUCUCCGACGACCAGCUCGUGUCCAUGUCAGUGCGUGAGCUGAACCGCCACCUGCGGGGCUUCACCAAGGACGAGGUGAUCCGCCUGAAGCAGAAGCGGCGGACCCUGAAGAACCGGGGCUACGCCCAAUCGUGCAGGUAUAAACGCGUCCAGCAGAAACACCACCUGGAGAAUGAGAAGACGCAGCUCAUUCAGCAGGUGGAGCAGCUUAAGCAGGAGGUGUCCCGGCUGGCCCGCGAGAGAGACGCCUACAAGGUCAAGUGCGAGAAACUCGCCAACUCCGGCUUCAGGGAGGCGGGCUCCACCAGCGACAACCCCUCCUCUCCCGAGUUCUUUCUGUGAGUCGCGGCGGGUCCCGGCCCCCGCCCUUGUCCCGGCCCGGACGCCCUGUCCCUUGUCCCCAGCCCUGGACUCCCCUGGACCUUGUCCCUGCCAUGGCCCCAGCCUUGACCUGUUUGACUUGAGCGAGAGGGAGGAAGGGCACGCGCGCGGGCCGUGGGCGACGGGCGGAGCGCGGGAGGCAGGGGACUUUGGCUAAGGCGAGAGUAGCGCACGCCAGCCGCCGCCUCCUAGACUCGAGCCCAGCCAGAGAGACGAGGGGGUGGGAGGUCCCGGAGCAACUUUUCUCCAGGCUGGAAAGCGGCGAGGCGUAGUACCAAGGAGUCGCCAAGGCAGUCUGGAGACGCCUGGCUUUCUGAACUUUGAGAGUGCCGUCCGCUGCUUCGCUGUCCGGAGCUCAGUCUGCUCCAGGAAGAGAGCAGAGGAGAGGGACCCUGGCGUCUUCGGCAGGCGCGAAGCCAGGUUGAGCGAAAGGGGAUGAACAGAUGGACCUGCCGAGGUCUAGAGUCCAGAGAACACUGGCUCUCACCCGGGAGACUCGGUCCUCGGUUAGGACGUUCCGGCGCGCAAAUCUCAUCCGUUUUAUUGCCUGCUCGAUUAUAUAGAAAAAUACGAAAAUCUGCAUUAAAAAUAUUAAUCCUGCAUGCUGGACAUGUAUGGUAAUAAUUUCUAUUUUGUACCAUUUUCUUGUUUAACUUUAGCAUGUUGUUGAUCAUGGAUCAUAACCCCCUUGUUUCUUUGGGUGAGAAGGGACUGCAGUUGGGAAACUGCAGUGGCUGUGAGCCGGGUUUCAGUCCUGGCUGCUGGUUUGUAAAUACCUGCCCCCACCAAACCGCACAGAAUACGUGGCAGCAAGCUGAGUGUCUUUGUUUGAGUUUAUUACUACGACAUUUUUCUUUGUAAGUUUACAAAAAAAAAAAAAAAGAAAGAAAGAAAGAAAGAAAGAAAGAAAGAAAGAAAGAAAGAAAGAAAAAAGAAGGAAAGAGAAAGAAAGAAGUUCCAGGCAUUUAGCAUCACACAACUUUGUCUUGGGGCAACCUUGGAAGUUGCAUGUUUUCUUCUGUCCCGAUCCUGUCCUGUUCUCUUUUCCCUCCGUUUUAGUUUUCAGUUUUGUGGGCUUUGAGGGACACUGCAAGGACAGGACAGUUGUAGAGCUCCACACCACUUCCCCAAUCCCUGCCUAGUUUUCUUGGCCAAAUUGACACCUUUAAUAAGAGAGGAAGGAAAACAGAUCUCCACUGCUUUUUAUUGUAACCAGAAUCACCCCAGGGUCCCUUUGGAAUUCUCCAGGCUGGCAUUAAUUCCAAGGGUCCCUGGGCACUCCUCCGGGGAAAAGCUUUGCCAUCCUUGACACUGGUCAGUGACCAGAGCUUGCAUUGAACCAACUGCCACAUUUAGGAUGUAUCAAAAAACCAAACAUUGACAAGUGAUUGCAGCUUUCAAGUGUGUUCUUUAGACCAAUGCAUUAUGUGUUUCUUUCCCUGCUUCUGAGAUGGCAGGAAAAGUUAUUGGUGGUGUUCCUCUCCCCUGCCUUCAGUUGUAUAAUAGUUAUGGGGGAGAUCUGGGUGUUUUUCUUUAUUAUUACUUUUUUUUCUGCAGGUCAGUAAAAGGAUUUAAGUUGCACUGACAAAAUAUACCAAAAUUAAAGGGUAUUUUUUAGUUCCCAUUUGAAAUUGCUGGCGCUGCUGGCCAGAUGCAUUUUUGAGUUUGUAUUAGUUGAUAAAUUAACAGUAAUAACAAGAUUGUAUGAACCGCAUGGUGCUUGCAGUUUUAAAUAUUGUGGAUAUUCGUCCUGCAUCAGAAAUGAGCUUUGGUUUUUACGGAUUCAACUGUGUUGAAAUCAAACUUAACUGCAACAGAAAUUGUUUUUAUUUCAUGUAAAAUAAGGGAUCAAUUUCAAACCCUGCUUAUGAUAUGAAAAUAUUAAAACCUAGUCUAUUGUAGUUUUAUUCAGACUGGUUUCUGUUUUUUGGUUAUUAAAAUGGUUUCCUAUUUUGCUUAUUAAAACCAUGGGAAUGGUGUUUAUUUAGAGGA